AUGGUGAGGUAUAUAUCCCCGUUUCGAAAAUGGGAUGAAACUCACGCGGACAAUGCUGAACAGCCGUUUAAUGGGCUAUCUAGCUUUCAUCUGCCUCGAGAAGGAUUCUACUAUGUUGGUGAGUGGGGUCCAUGUUCUGCAUCGUGUGGCCAAGGAAUUGAGACACGUCCCGUCGAAUGCGUUUAUAUUCAAGCGUAUACGGCGAAAAAAGUACCACUUCCAGAAUACGAAUGUCGAGGGCAAGUGAAGCAAAACUCGUAUCGUGAAUGCUAUAUAAAACCAUGUCCAAUAAAUGAGGCUACCAGGCAGCCGCCACUUAGUCGUUACUACAAGGAGAAGUCAAGACGAUUCCGUUGGGAUUAUGGUGAAUGGUCACCAUGUUCGGCAUCUUGCCUCGGAGGGAAGCAGCAUUCAAAGCUACGUUGCGUUGACACUGCCCGCAAUAUCCCUGUUGGUUGGUCAUUUUGCGAUUCCAGGCAGAGGCCGGUUGACGUCCGGUCAUGCAACACGCACCCAUGUCCCCCAUCUUGGGAGGUUGGUCAGUUCACUCGAUGUACUAAGUCCUGUGGUGGCGGUGUUCGGUUUCGUAAAGUCCGAUGUGUACGAACAGUAAUUGAAGCGAACGGUAUAAAGUCUAUAAUGCCAACUAAUGAGACAUUAUGUCGUAGUGUAAGGCCGUACAGUAAAGAACGUUGUGCUGUGGUUGACUGUCCACCGAAAUGGAAGGCGCAGAGUUGGUUUCCUUGCUCAGUGACUUGUGGAGAAGGUGUAAAGACUCGCGCGGUGUCCUGCGUGCAGGAGAAAGCGUCUGGAGAAAUUGUUGUUCUUAACGGCACGGAUCUUUGCCGCUACGAAAAACCCGCAAACUACAAAGUUUGCAACCUUGGGGGCUGCCCACACGAUCGAUACUUUUCCGAUAGAGCUCAACAGUUAGGAGAAAAAAUGUUUUUUGAUCAAACAGAAGAUACUGGUGUCAUAUCACUAAAACUUCCGCAAGGCGGCAUAAUAUUUGAAGGCACCGAUAUUAAGGUUGAGUGUCCGGUAAGGAAAUUUCCGCGGAAUAGAAUUCGUUGGUUCAAGAAUGGCGAGCAGAUUGUUAGCAGCUACACUGAUCGCGUCAGAGUUUCGCCGCACGGCCGACUUCGUAUAUUCAACUCUAGUUAUGCAGAUGAGGGUAUCUACACUUGUGGUGGGAAGAAACUUGUCGAAGGGAACACAACUUUGAAGUUCAAACCGAGCUCAAAGAAGCCGUUUUCCAAAACUGGCGAAAAGGGAUCAAAACCGAACAAGCUGUCGUUACACCAGAAGAGCAACAUUAAGGAGGAGUAUUAUAUGAAACCACAUUUUGCUAAAAAGAUUGAGUUGCAGGAGCUUCUUGAACAGUCAAAAAGUGAUAAAGAUCGAAAGACUCUCGAGGAGUUGGGUAAGGUUGAAGAUAACACUGAGUUUCUGGUCAAGUUUGUAACUACUGACUGGUCGCCUUGUUCACAGCCAAAAUGUGGGGAGUCUGGACUUCAGCAUCGGCAGUUAGAGUGCCGAAUCACCGCAGAUGAAUAUAUGGCAAUCGCGAGCGAUUACAUUUGCAAGACCUUUGGUCUUGUGAAACCACCAACGCAAAAACGUUGCAGAGCAACGCACUGUCCGAAGUGGAAAGCAAGCUCGUGGUCGGAGUGCUCUGUUGGCAGAUGCGUUGGACAUCAAGUUUCAGUGCAGAAACGCACGAUAAAGUGUGUUGACGGUGAUGGUGCGACAGUGAAUUCAACAUUCUGCGACAGGCGUACUCGACCCAAACUCAAAAUGAAAUGUUUUAAUGGUAUUGCUAUUUACUAG